AUGGUUUGAUGGAAGUCUGCGUAUUCGCGUUGUGUAGCCAACUACUACUGUAGGCUACCAAUGUACAGUUCCACGAGGAGGGGGCUGUAACUGUGCAGCUAUUCACCUCGGUCUGAAACCACCACAGUCCACCACCGUUGUCUCACAACCGUCCCGCCUGUAGGUUACUGAACUGCGCGUAUUCCGUCGGUGUGAUAUUUUCAAAAUGAUGGUCAUUCAGACCAUUUAUAUUAUAUAUUGUAGCCUAUGGGCUUCGUUUUCGACGAUUUUAGCUAGAAGGAGCAUUGCAUGAAAUAGGCUCUGGGAGCCGGUCAGGGUGAUGCUAUGAGGCGAGCACAUCGUCGCUCUUUGGUUAGUGUCUGGUGAUGAGACACCUCCAAAUGUUGUGUGGAGAAGUAGGCUACCCAUCGGGUGCGCUCUUGGUGAGAAAACAUGAAGUCGUAUCGUGAAUGAUUUCGUUGUCCAUUAAAAUAUAACUUAAAUUAUUUAUAUUAAAAUUCAACAGUUUAUAUGCUCAGAACCGACUACAGAGUCGCACAAUAAGCAAGGUAAAGAAGUCUAUCUGACGAGUUUUGCGCUAAUAUACCGUGGACGGUUACUAUGCCAGAAUGGGUCUACUACGGUUUUUAUUUUUCUAUGGACUAUUGCACACCCAAGUCAACGGAUCUCGUCUGCGUCAGGAUGACUCCCCUCCUCGGAUCGUGGAGCACCCCUCUGACCUCAUCGUGUCCAAGGGGGAGCCGGCCACCCUCAACUGCAAGGCGGAGGGGCGUCCCGCCCCCACGGUGGAGUGGUACAAGGACGGGGAGCGGGUGGAGACAGACCGGGACAACCCCCGUUCCCACCGCAUGCUGCUGCCCAGCGGCUCCCUCUUCUUCCUGCGCAUCGUCCACGGCCGACGCAGCAAGCCAGACGACGGCAGCUACGUGUGUGUGGCCCGCAAUUACCUGGGGGAGGCAGUGAGCAGAAACGCAUCAUUAGAAGUAGCAUUGUUGCGUGAUGACUUCAGACAGAACCCCCAGGACUUGGUGGUAGCGGUGGAGGAGCCUGCCACCCUGGAGUGCCAGCCUCCUCGUGGGCACCCUGAGCCCACCACCUUCUGGAGGAAAGACAAGGCCCGUCUGGACCUCAAAGAUGACAGGAUCACUAUUCGUGGAGGGAAGUUGACCAUCUCCAACACCAGGAAGAGUGAUGCAGGGAUGUACGUGUGUGUGGCCACCAACAUGGUGGGGGAGAGAGACAGUGAGACGGCUCAGCUCUCUGUGUUCGAGAGACCCACUUUUGUGCGUCGGCUGGUGAACCAGGUGGUCCUGGUGGAGGAGAGUGUGGAGCUCAAGUGUCAGGUGCAGGGAGACCCACCUCCCUCUCUACGCUGGAGAAAGGAUAAUGUGGAUAUACCCCGCGGCAGAUAUGACGUCCGUUAUGAGAAGGAGGAUUUCCUCCUGAGGAUCAAGAAGGCAUCGGCUGGCGACCAGGGCACCUUCACCUGUGUGGCUGAGAACCGUGUGGGCAAAGUGGAGGUCUCGGCUACCCUCACUAUCAGGGCUCGCCCUGUUGAGGCUCCCCUGUUUGUGGUGCGACCCCGGGACCAGAUCGUGGCUGAAGGGCGCACAGCCACCUUCCCCUGUGAGACCAAGGGCAACCCCCAACCCACUGUGUUUUGGCAACGAGAUGGGAGCCAGGAUCUGCUGUUCCCCAGCCAGCCAGCGCAGGGAGACAGCCGUGUGUCAGUGGCAGUGAGUGGAGAGCUGACCAUCUCCUCCGUACAGCGCUCUGAUGCAGGCUUCUACACAUGCCAGGCCCUCACUGUGGCCGGCAGCAUCCUGGCCAAGGCUCAGCUAGAGGUGGCAGACGCCUUAAAGGACCGCCCCCCGCCCAUCAUCCGGCAGGGCCCGUCCAACCAGACACAGGCUGUUGGGGGUGUGGCCCUGCUGAGGUGCCAGGCGUCAGGGGACCCGGAGCCCACCGUUACCUGGCUGAAGGACGGCCUCAGUCUGCUGGGAAAGGACCUUCGCAUGGCCCUGCUGGAGCCUGGCAGCCUGCAGAUCCAAAGCACCAGGCUAUCUGACUCUGGGCUGUACACCUGUGUGGCCACCAGCUCCAGUGGGGAGACCUCAUGGAGUGCCUUCCUGGAUGUCAGAGAGUCCAGUGACCUCACAGACUCCAUGUCCCACAAUGCCAGUACCCUACCAGGGCCUCCCUCCAAGCCAAAGGUCACUGAUGUCACCAAGAGCACAGUGUCGUUGUCUUGGGAACCUGGGACCGAGGAUGGCUCCCCAAUCUCCUCCUAUGUCAUUGAGGCCUUUGGUCAGCUGGUCAGCAACAGCUGGCAGACUGUGGCUGACCACGGGAAGACCACACAGUUCACGGUCAAGGACCUGCGACCCAACACGGUCUACCUGUUCAUCAUCAGAGCGGUCAAUGCCCAGGGUCUCGGAGACCCAAGCCCCAUGUCUGAGCCUGUCCGCACCCAAGACAUCAGCCCUCCGGUGCAGGGUGUCGACCAUCGACGUGUCCAGAAGGAGCUGGGUGAUGUGGUGGUCAGCAUGCAUAACCCUGUGGUCAUCAACUCCACCUCUGUCCAGGUCACAUGGACUGUGGAGAAACCUUCUCAGUUUAUCCAGGGCUAUCGUGUUCUGUACAGGCAGACGUCAGGCCUGCCCUCCCCGGGGGCCUGGCAGGUGCAGGACGUGAAGGUCCCCUCAGAGAGAGACGUGGCUCUGUCUGGCCUGAAGAAGGGUGUUGUCUACGAGAUAAAAGUCCGUCCGUACUUCAACGAGUUCCAGGGAGCAGACAGUGAAUCAAUGACAGCACGCACCUUGGAGGAAGCGCCCAGCGCUCCUCCUCAGCAGGUGACAGUGCUGACAGUGGGGAACCAUAACAGCACCUCCAUCAGUGUGUCCUGGGACCCCCCUCCCACAGAACACCAGAACGGCAUCAUCCAGGAGUACAAGAUCUGGUGCCUAGCAAACGAGACCCAUUUCCAUGUGAAUAAGACGGUGGAUGCGGCCAUCCGUUCGGUGGUGGUGGGGGGUCUGCAGGCAGGGGUGCAGUACCGUGUGGAGGUGGCGGCAGGCACCAGCUCGGGGGUGGGAGUGAAGAGCGAGCCCCAGCCUAUUAUCAUAGGUGCAGAGCUGCGUGAUGUGAUGACGGGGGAGGAGGGCAACAACAGCAUCUCAGACGUGGUGAAGCAGCCAGCCUUCAUCGCUGGGCUGGGAGGGGCCUGCUGGAUCGUCCUCAUGGGCUUCAGCGCCUGGCUGUACUGUAGGAGGAAGAAGAGGAAGGGCCUCAGCAACUAUGCAGUUCAGUCCUUCACCUUUACCCGUGCAGUGACAUUCCAACGAGACAGAGGCCUGAUUGGCAAUGGAAGUCAUCCUGGUCUGCUGAAAGCCGGUGACCCAGGAUUUCCCUGGUUGGCUGACUCCUGGCCCUCCACCAGCCUGCCAGCAAAUGGGGGCUUGGAAGGUACCAAGGAACGAGGACACUUUGGCAGAGGAGACGUGCUGCCCUCUGGAGCGGGUGAAAAGACAGGUACCAUGCUGUCUGAUGGUGCCAUAUACAGCAGUAUAGACUUCACAGGCAAGGCGGGCUACAGCAGCCCAGCACGGGGCAGCCAGGCCACCCCCUAUGCCACCACUCAGAUCCUGCAUUCCAACAGCUUCCAUGAGCUGGCUGUGGACAGACCAGACCCUCGCUGGAAGGCUUCCCUUCGAGCCCAGCAGGAAAUGGCCAACCUGGGCUACUCAAUGACCGAUGGACGCCCCUGCAACGGUGGAAAGGGCGGCAAGAAAAAGAAGUCAAAGGGUGGGACAAAGACCUCCAAAUCCAAUGGGUCCUGUUGGGUCAACAUGCCCCUGCCUCCCCCACCCAUGCACCCUCUGCCAGGCACCGAGGUGGACCACUACCCCCCAGAGAACCAUGGAGGAGGGUAUGACAGCGACAGCUGGGCCCCUCCCCUUCCCGUUCAGACAUACCUCCACCAGGGAUUGGACGACGAUAUGGAGGAGGAGCGAGUGCCCACCCCGCCCCUCAGGGGAGUGGCUUCCUCCCCGGCAGCAGCUCCCUACAGCCAACCGUCAUCCUCCUCCCUUAGCUCCACCCACCACGAGGAGAUGCAGUCCAUGCUGCAGGCCCACCUGGAUGAGCUGACCAGAGCCUACCAGUACCAAGUGGCCAAACAGACGUGGCAUAUGAAGGGCAGCCAACACCCGCCUAUGGCCCCUGUCCCUCCGAUGGGGUACGUGUCCAGCACGCUUGGGUCUGACCUGGGAAACAACAUCCCGUGUGAGGAAGAGGAGGAGGAUAAAGCCUACGGAGUGUCACAUCAGCUCUGUGGCUUUGACUACACGGCCAGUUGCAGCAUGGACAACCAUGAGGGCUCAGGUAAAGGUUACUCCCAGCGGGGUCGACCAGUCAGCUCAGGCUCCACAGAGAGCAGUGCUCUGGGUACACAGAGCCUCGGUCACCAGAGGGCCACACACACUGGACGCAAACCCCGGGCAGAAACUGUUGGGACACAGAGAGACUCCCCCACAGAUGUGGCCUCUCCUACCCCUGAGCCUGUCCACAGUGUGGGGGCAAGGCUGCACGGGUCAUGGGCGUCUGGUGGCUCGGACCCUCCAGAGGAGUGUAUGGUCUCAACGCUGGAGCGGCAGCAUAUGGCCUCCUGGAGCGGCAGAUCCUCUAACAUGGCCACUCUGGGCAGGACACGCCACAGGGCUGCGGCUGGCGCGGGCACAGACCACCCACAUAACAUCCACCCGCCUCCCAACAGCACCGAGCAUAGCUAUGGAGAACGAUAGUCUUUGUGAGUCGGUGCUGCCUGUGCUGCCUGUCCCAGGACACCUUGUCUAUAAGUGCAAUGAGAUUUCCCCUCUGCGAAUGCUACAGGAUGGAAUAUAAAGAGAAGGCUGGAAGAUGAAAGAGAGAGAAAGAGGGAGCCAGAGAGAAACGCAGAGCUGUACAUGUGAUGUACAGACACACAGACACACAUCUCAGUGUUCUUUUUACAGUGUUACUUUCAUCCCUCCUUCCAAAAGAAUAUACUGUAUAUCACAUGCCCCUCCUAUUUCAUGUCACAUGAUGUACAGUAACUCACUCCACAUUAAUGAAUAAUAAAAAUCUCUGCAGUUAAACUAUUGACUCAUGAAAGUGUAAGGACUUGCUUUUCCUGUAAAUAGGUUUUGUAUUUUCAGUUUUUUUUUAUUUUCUUUGCUAUGCAAGCCAAAUUCUGACUAUGAAGUUGUCUCGUUUACUUGUCAUUUUACAUUGUGAGUUGAUGGACUGUGGUGCCACAUUUGUUUUUCAUAAAUGCUCGAAAUAUUGCUUCAUUUUGAUGAAACUGCUGUUUUGUUGUUUGCACAGAGCGUUUUGUGAUGAUAAGCACAAAGUCAUCAGCUGAGGCUCAGAGAAGAAUGAUGAAGAGGAGUGUCUAUAAUAUACCUUACAUUUAAGAAAUAUAAUAUUCGACACAGUAAAUGCUUUUCAGAGACAGAUGUAUUGAGAGAUAUAAGAAACACAAAGAAAUUCAGUAAUUAAACAGAAAUUCAAUUCUACGCCCACAUAGAAAAUGUAAUGUUUUGUUUUUCAAUUUGCAGUUGUCCGUGGGGAUGAUGUGACAGAUGUGCAAUGUUGCCCAUACACUAUAUGCUCAUUACAGUGAGACAGCAGUACUUGGAACCCUCCAAAUAAUGACAGUUCAGAAUAAUCAAUAAAGUUAAACCAUCUAUGUGUAACAUUACAAAUGGAACUGUUAAUGCAGAGGCCGAGGACGAUAGCUAGUUGUUGAUAGGGAGGUGUUGGGCCCAUAGAGCACCACUCAGGUGUGGUCAGGUGUGGACAGUUGUGUGCACAGAUGGACUCUGUCAGUGUUACCCAUGGGGACAGAGUGAUAACACAGUGAGACAGGUCUUAAGAUGAAGAGAUGUUGGCCUUUAGAAAUCUAGCUAAUCCUGGACUGGGUUUCCAGAGCUCUAAGUGACUAGCAAGCAUGAUUAACAACAAUAUGCAAUUAGAUUAUAAUAAUAGACCCAUCAUAGAUGUGAUGGCCGCCUGUUUUAAUCCUAGUGGUGCGGUAUAACGUGGCCCCUUUAUCACCCUGGUAACAGACUGGUAACAGAUGAACGCUCAUCAGGACACGUAUGGUUACCUAGGCAUAGUGAGCCCCUUGCCAAGUAAGGAAAUCCUUAACACUGUAACCAGUCACGGAGGGCAGCUGGUUGCUAGUUCUUGCCUACAAGAUUCAUAAUGCAGUGUUUUGGUUCCCUUCUUUGUAUGGUUAUUUUCUGGUUGUUCUUUGUAUUGGCUCCACCUGUAAAAACUCUGUACCUGCCAGAGUCCGGUCUGCCCUCAGGAAUACACAUACAGUGUGGCCAGUCCUACGAUACAAAUAAAAUGUGUAUGUGGAAUCAA